AUGUGUAUUUCGACAACUCUAGGGCGCCAUUACUUUGAAGCUGUCAAAUUGCUUUCAAUUUUCUGAUAUUCGCCGCAUUUAAUGCGCAUUUUCUUAAUUCUCGUAAAGUAUUCCCAAAUGUUUAUUAGAUUUUCGCGUUUUCGUUUACUAAGUACAAAGUCUUUUUAAAUAUAAACAGAGGGAACUAUUGGCAUUAAAGGAAAGCGCGCACGCGUGGCUUCGUUGUCAGCGAAGCUCUAACGAAAAAAAUCUAUUUAUGCAGAAUUUAGUGCAUAUGUAUCUUCCAUAGAAUUUAUAUUUUACUUUUAUUUUGGGUUGAUCUAUUAUAACCUUUCGAAAUGGCCUCGAGCGAAAAGGAGGAGAUCCUAGCCAAUGUGGCCCGAGUGGUUCGGGCCCUUAUCACUUCCGCCAAGCCGCCGGUUGGCUUGCAUUCCGUUGUCAGGGACUACGCGGGCAUUGAGGGGGAGCCGAUGCCAUUUCGCCGGCUGGGCUACAUGUCCGUGGUGGACAUGCUCAAGGACACCGAUGAGUUCAACUUUGCGAAAUCCGGAAACGACAUAAUCAUCAGCGCCAAGUAUAGCGCGAAAACGGCACACAUUGCAUCAUUGGUCAGAGGGCAAAAAAAGGGCAAGUCCAGGGUGAUAUCCAAGCCACCUAACCAAAUCGCGAGGCCCAAGCACUGCUUCAACAACAGGGGCUCGUCUUCAAGUUACGGUCACAGUAACCAGCACUCGUAUGUGUCUCGUUCACAACCCUCCCUGGCAUCGCUGGUGAAUCGUCCCUCUCCCGUGCAGCAUCCGCUCUUGCAUCGCCCGCCACCCGUACAGCAUCCAAUUGUGAAUCGCCCUCCGCCUGUACAGCAUCCGAUUGUGAGUGAGUCCUCACCACCACCGCCGCCUCCGCUUCUGAAUCGACCGGCAUCCGUACAGGCUCAGCUUCAACAGGAUCGGCGACCCCUACUUGCAACCCCGACCCAGGCUCCACCGCUAGACGCUGAGGUGCAACGAGUGCAGCAGGAGUUGUGCCGCGUGCGAAAGCAACAGGAGGAGCAACAGCGGGCUCAACUGCGCUUCGAGGAGAAGGGUCUGCGCCAGGAGCGCAAUCUUCAGCAGCUGCACGACAAUCUGUUGCAACAGCAAGCCAACGUGUUGCAACGCUUCGACCAGGAGCUGCACCAGAAGCUGGAAAAAGAUCUGCAGGCAAGGAUCGAGAAGGAGCUGCAGGCGCACUUGGACAAGAAGUUGCAGGCGUUUAGAGAGCAGCAGGAGCGCUGUGUCAGGGAGCAAGCGUUGGCUUUGGAGAAACUGCGGAGAGACCGCCAGGAACAGGAGCGCCGCGAGACAGAAAAGCGGGAAAAGGAGCUGCUGGAACGGGAAAAGCAGCUGAAGGAAAAGGAAAGGAGGGAUAGGGAACUCCGAGAGCUGGAAAGAAAGGAAAGAGAAAGAAGGGAAAGAGAGCGCCUGGAACUAGAAAAAAGGGAAAAGGAGCGCCAACAGGAAAGGAGGGAUAAGGAACGCCUCGAACAGGAGAAACGGGAAAAGGAGCGCCUAGAACAGGAAGAAAGGGAAAAGGAGCGCAAAGAACGGGAAAGGAAGGACACGGACUGGAAGGACUUGCAACGAGAGCUAGACGUUCGUCAGUAUCAACAAAAUAGAAAGCCGGAAACCAUGCGUUCGGCCAAGAUAGACCAGGAGAAGAUCCUGAUAACCAUUCCCAAUGGCAAGAAUGGUCCGGGCAAUGGUCAGAGCAAGCCGCCGCUGCGUCCGAUUCUGGGUAACAGUGCUCCGCGUAACAACAAUCCCACUACGGUGAUGUCUACUUCCUACAAGCGGCCGAUGCAUCCCCGGAUUCAAUUCCCUUCCCAGGUGCGUUCGCCCGGCAUCUCAGUGAAUCACCGACUGAAGCAGAAGCCUCCAUCUGAAGAGCCCAUUAACAGUUCCAAGUCCUUGCCGAUGACUCCACCCACUUCACCGGAGUCCUCCAAGCUAACUCCCAAUACGACGCCCAAAGUGGACGUGCUACGGGUGCAGGGAUCUCAGUCGGCCAAGGACGAUGGUGCGGAUAAGCAAAUAUCGAUAAACGCCUUCCUGUCGGAGGCUGAAUUCGAUCCUGUGGUGUUGCUGAAACAGUAUUGCGUGGCCAAUCACUUCGAUGAGCCCAUAUACAACGUCUUUAACACGCCGCCCAAGCUACACUGCUCGGUGCGGAUCGAGGGCCAGGUGUACAGCAGCUAUCCGGAGGAGUUCCCCACUGCGAAACAGGCCCAUCAGCGCACCGCCCACAUCGCCAUCGAGCGCAUCAAGCACGCCGAGGCACGCAAAAAGCUGGCCACCUGCAACCUCACCGACGAAGACUUCAUCGACAGCUUGUACCAGGAGCUGCAGAAGUUCCCCCACGGUAUCUUGGGCCACAAGAUGGAGAUUUGGUACAGCGAGACCUUCCGCCGCCACCUGCCCAGCCACUGGUACGACCUGAUCGUCGAGUCGAAGAAGAUCCGUGUGGAGCACGGCAUCAAUCCCCGGACUAUAAUUUUUGCCAACGAACCCGGCUCCCCGGAGCCGAUCCGCAUUGCACCGCCAACCGUAAUGCCGGAGCUGCAGUUGCCCUGGCAGCCGAACGACAGUGGAUCCAAUGACUGGAACAUGUACAUAAGCCAUUGCGAUUCCACCAAGCAGGUGUGGGCGCGUCUCAUCGAUGAUAUCGCCAGUUUCGACGAGCUAACCACUCACAUGGGCCGGCACAUGGCAGUCCCGCUUUUCAGACAGCAAGUGGAGACCCCCGAGGAAGAGGAACUCUACUUGGUGGAGAUCCGCGAAGGAUGGAAUCGCGUCCGAGUCGUUUCCGUGGAUAAGGAGCAGCGUUCCUGCCGUUGCCACUUUGUGGACUUUGGGGACAUGUCCCAGUUCCAGUUCAACGAGCUCUACAAGUGCCCACCUCAGUUCUUGGUGCUGCCUGCCCAAGCCAUCUGUCUGAGCAUGUAUGCCCUGGACAAGUUCGAGGACCAUCCCCACGCCCUUGCGGUGCUAAUGGCCGAACUGGAUGGUCAGACGGUGGUGGCUCGUGUCCUGACCUCUCCGAAGCAGUUCAAGGAACUGGGUGGCGCUGCCCAGGGGAUAGUCCAGAAGAACAAGCGCAGGGCAUGCCUGGUGGCCACGCUGUACGACACCUCCACAGCCGAAGAUAUUCAUCUGAACGACCUGGUGGCUGCCAGGAUAACGAAGAGCACGCCGGCACCCUCUCUGAACGACGAAAAGAUGGUCGUUAAGACCUCCCCGGUCCUGGUGUCGCACAUUACCGAUGACGGGGACUUGAUGGUCUUGCUCCGCAACGAUGACCUUAAGUUCGUGGAGCGCAGCAUUGCCACCACAGUGGCCGAUCUAGGCGAAAAGGACAGGGUGCGCUACUCGGAUCUGCUGCACGACCGCCACGUCUUUGUGUGCGAUGAGUCCGGGGAUGGAACCAAGCAGUGGUACCGUGGCCGACUGGUGUCCAAGCCCACAAAUCCGGAGGAGGAGACCUUCGACGUGUUCUACGUGGACGACGGCCGGCAGCGUAAGACGCACAUCUCCAACAUCUACCGCUUGGAAGCCAACAACCGUGCCCUAGCCACCUACCCGCCACAAGCGCUGCUGGUGGGACUUCACGACGUUCCCGAUAUUGCGGGUCAGAUGCUUCUGCGUCUCCGUGGACUAUUGCCGCCUCGCUGCGAAGCACUGCUGAAAGUUGUGGUCAAGGAUGGUGCCAAACCGCUGGUCAAUUUGUUCAUCCGCGGAAACGAUCCAGAAUCGAUGUACAUGUGCGUGAACAUCGGGCUGCGCCUGGAGUUCGAGAUGCAGAGCUCCACGCGACCAGAUAUCUCCGACGAUCUGCACAUGAGUGCGAACUACCUUCUGCCGAGACGCAACAGCCUAAGCUCCGUGGUGUCUAGUCAGAGUAGCGGCAGUGACCUGGUUGCCAUUACUCCGCCGGUGACUCCACAAAGAGCCUCAACCCGUGGAGCUGCCACCACCUUCUCGACUGGUUUGCUCAAAGACUACGAAGCGAUCCCUGCAAUUGGGGCAUUUUUUGAAGUGCGCGUUGCGCUCUCCAUUAAUCCAGGCCACUUUGCGGUUCAACCUUACAAAUGCUACAAUCAGCUGCAGUGUUUAAUGAAGGAUCUGCAAGUACACUGCAAAGGAUCAAUGGCCAAGGGGGUGGAGCCCUCUCAGUUGGCCAUUGGCGAGGCCUAUGCUGCCCCGGACACCGGAGGCGUCUACCAUCGAGUAAAUAUUCGGAAGAUUUAUGAUGAGAUCAUACACGUUCGGUUCGUGGAUGUCGGUGAUGAUGGUGUUGUGGCCUGUGAGCAACUAAAGACACUGCCGCCGGAGCUAACCAAACUGCCCAAGAUGGGGCUGCCGGCUCAACUUUAUGGCAUCAAACUGGAAGAUGUUGUGUGGACCCAGGAUAACUGUGUCCGCUUCCGGAAGCUGACUCUUGGUCAAAAAUUUAUUGGAAUUGUGCGAGGCUCGCAAAAGCAGAAGGACGGGUCACGUUCCCUUUCGCUGGAACUGGUCGACACCUCCACACCGCAGGAUAUUAAGCUGCACGAGAUUCUCAUAAACGAGAAGCACGCCCAGCCAGAAACGAAGGAAGUCUGAAUUGGAAUUCAAAGACGAGAAACGAGUUCAUUUUGUUCAUGUUUAUGUUUGCCUACUUUAAGCCUUAGUCCUAAGUACAUAUAAAUUAUUAUGACGAUACAUUCCGCUAGAUGGAACGAUUACCCUGCACUGCAAAGCGCAACAAUAAACAAUAAAUUAUGGACUGUGCUAUCGAGA